AUGAGUCCAAUAAAUCACAGGAACACAACAGAAGUUUCUGAGUUCCUCCUCCGAGGCUUUCCAUCCCAGCCAGAGGUCCAAAGACUCCUCUUCCCUCUCUUGCUUUCCAUCUAUCUGCUCGCCCUCCUGGGAAACGUCACAAUCAUCUUGUUGAUCUGCUCCGACACGCAGCUCCACCAGACUCCCAUGUACUUCCUGCUCAGCAACCUUGCCCUAGCUGACCUUGGUUUCACCUCCACCACCAUCCCCAAGGCAUUAGAUAACCUGCUGUCUCAGAAGAAGACCAUCUCCUACUAUGGUUGUCUGGUCCAGAUGUAUUUCUAUAUGUAUUUUGGCAACUGUGACUGCUUCCUGCUGGCUUCCAUGGCCUACGACCGCUAUGUGGCUAUCUGCUACCCACUGCACUAUUUUGCCAUGAUGAGCCACAAGCGUUGUCUUCAGCUGGCUGUGGCAGCCUGGCUUAUCGCCGCAAUGGACUCAUUGGUUUAUAUACUUUUGAUGUCCCGUCUUGAGUUCUGUGACCCCGACGAGGUCCCUCAUUUCUUCUGUGACAUUUACCCUGUUCUGGAUGUCUCUUGCUCUGACACGAGCAUCAUAGAAACACUUGUGCUGACUGAGGGGAUGGUGGUGAUCCUGGGGCCGUUUGUACUGAUUAUCAUUUCGUAUAUACUCAUCUUUUAUACCAUCAUGAAGAUUCCAUCUGCCGUUGGGAAGCGCAAGGCUUUCUUUACAUGCGGGUCCCACAUUUGCAUGGUGGUCUUGUUCUACGGCACUCUGAUCUUGGUGUAUUUAAAGCCGAAUUCUAAGCAGUUAGACCUCAAGGACACAGUGGCAGCUGUGAUGUAUACCCUGGUGACUCCCAUGUGUAAUCCCUUCAUCUACAGCCUCAGGAACAGCGAGAUGAAGGUGGCCAUGAAGAGGUGGUUAGGACAAGAGGGGAACUAG